CCUCAAUUUAAUCAUUGCUUCAGAUGAUGAGAUUCGAAGUCAUGAUCACUACAUGAUUUUAGAUUCUAUGGCAUCGAGACCUGGGAAACAGGAGAUACUCUGGAACUUUUGUCGUGAAAAUUGGCCAAAACUCCAGUUCAUGUUUGGCAACCAGUAUGAUGUUACGGAAGCCUUAAUCCGCAUUGCUACAAAAAAUUUCAACACUGAGGAAGAGUUAAACGAGGUAAUGGCAUUCAGGAAAGACUAUGAAAACGAUGACAUGGUAAAAAGAGCAGUUGAUAAAGCAAUUGAAGAAACAGCUCGGAAUGUCCAAUGGAUGAAGCAAAACUAUGACGUCAUAAGCACUUGGUUAAAUGAUCACUUGUCCAAACAAACUAAGGAUACCAGUAGUAUGUCCUGUGAUGACCAUUGAAUAAUGCCAUACUGUUCAGGGUAUAUUUUGUAGCCUGAGGAGUACAACGUGAUUGACACCUACAAACUCUUGAGUACAUUCCAUUAUUCCCCACGUUAAUCGUUUGUAAGAUUAAAAUCAAAAUACCAACGAUUAAAUUUCUAGGGAAAUUUAAUCGUUAAUUAAAUUUCCCUAGAUGCUGUCUACCAUUCUUCUUUAUAUUUAUUAUUCAACCCUAGAUUUUUCACCUUUAUCUGGCCUCCUAUCCCUCUUCUAUUGCUUUCACCAUCUCUGAUUCGUUUAAUCCAAUUCUAAUCCUCUCACCUCUAUAAAGAUUCCAGUGAUUCGUUAUCAGAAUUAUUAAUUUGUUCAACAUAACCACAGCAUUAACUUCGUAACACUUAUAGGGCUAGGAUAAAUGGUUAAUCUUUAAUAAAUAUUUUAGAUCUCA